AUGCUGGUAAAAAUAGUGCCAUGGUCAUGCGGCCAUUUGUUCGAGAAGGAUAUCAAGCAGAAGCUUUUGCAGGCGGAGAUGUCAGCCGAGGACAUUAUGACAUGCUGCACACAGUGUGGCAAUGGAUGCGAUGGAGGCCAUCCGCUGUAUGCCUUUGCUUACUUUACAAUCGAGGGUACCGUCACCGGAGGGAAUUAUGGCAGCCAGGACUGCUGCCGUCCAUACCAGUUUCCCCCGUGUGGAGAUCACACGGGCGAGUUCUGUAAAGCCGGUUAUAAAGGAACGCCGCCAUGCAAAAGACAGUGCCAACCCGGGUACGACAAGACCUAUGAGGAAGACAAGCUGUAC